AGAGUGACGACUAUUGAGCAGUUCAUUACUGAUUGACAGCUUUGAGCAGUUCUCUACCGUUAAACAACCUACCGGCUUGACCAGCUACCCAUCUACCUACUCAUCUACCUUCUUCACUAGCUACCUAUCUACCUUCACCACCUUCUCAUCUACCUUCUUCACUAGCUACCCAUCUACCUUCACCACCUUCUCAUCUACCUUCUUCACUAGCUACCCAUCUAGCUUCUUCACCAGCUACCCAUUUAACUUCACCGGCUACUCAUCUACCUUCAACACCCAGCUUUAUCUCGUGAGCAGUUACAAUGCCACGUGGUAAAUCGUCCCGCCGUUCCCAGGCUGCAAAGCUACGCGUGGCUGGGACACGUGUGGGACAUCAGCAGCCUGGCAAUGCCAGUUUCGCACCCGCUGGCGGUACGGGUAACCGCCAUAGAGUGCAGAAAUGGCCAAUUUCGUCCCUGACAGGACGACAACACAAGAUGGUCAUACCAGCGGAGUCUCCAGACAAGGAAUUUGUCCUCCUUGUUGGAGCUUCACAUCUCCGUUCCAUCGUCGAUGGAAUUGUGAAGAUGCCAGAGGGAAGGUUUUCCUUUGGUGCCAUGUCCACACCGGGGGCAUGCGCAACCCAGCUGCGAACCGAGGCAGCCAAUGCUGUGCUGCCUAGGACACCAGAUGCAGUCUGUGUGAUGGCUCCGAGCAACAACCUAACAUCCAGUAGGACCAUCACCGAAGCAGGAGAGGACUUUGCGAAGCUCCUCGCCACUGCCCGCAGUCGCUGGCCCAACGUUUUUGCCAUGGACUUCCCCCCGCGCCUUACCGUUGACCCUGACUACCAAGACAUGAUGCGUCAGGAAUUUCGUCGUGUUGCGGCACGUAUGGGCGUGAAGUACACACCGCUUGCUGAGUACUUCCCUUUCAAAGAACUUGACCUGUGGAGCAGAGAUGGCGUGAGUGACAUGGCAAAUGGAAACGUUUUCUCUGUAUACUUGUUUGUGCACUUGAGUGACAGUGUGGGAAUGCCAAUCCUGGUCGGUUCUAUCUGGAACGCAACAUACAUGCAACUUGUUCCAGCCGAGCCGAAGCCAUCUCCUGUUGUCCACAGAAGAUCACCGCCUGCGAGGAGAGUCACUCCAAGGGUGAUUGUCAAAGGAGAGGUUGCCAAAUCACCGCAACUGGAUCCUUCCAAGUGGACCGUUUUCGGCCAGGGCAGGAAGAGGAGCCAACACGAUGAACCUGAGCAGUCCAUUGAUGCACUUAAAGAAGCAGGGACUGUUCAGCAGGAGGAAGUGGAGGAGAGUUAUCUUCCACUGACACCUGUGUGGUUUAGCAGUGCAAUGUUGGUUGAGAUGGACAAGAUUAGUCCAUCCCAUCUUCCUGGCCCUGAUGAGUGCACAUCACCGGUUCCAACACCACAAAAGGUAAUUUGUUUGUAUGUUGGUUGA